AUGAACCUCGCCAUCGCUCUCACUGCUGCCAGGUACGGGGCUGCCACAGCCAAUUAUACUGAAGUGGUACGCUUGCUGAAGAAGACAGAUCCGCUGAGCGGCAUGGAGCGCGUCUGCGGCGCACGCUGCAAAGACGUUCUAACAGGGCAAGAGUUUGAUGUCCGUGCCAAAUGUGUUAUCAAUGCCACUGGACCUUUCACAGACUCUGUGCGCAAAAUGGACAAUCAGGCGUUCAGCAACAUCUGUCAGCCAAGUGCAGGGGUGCACAUUGUCAUGCCCGGAUACUACAGCCCAGAUAACAUGGGACUUCUGGAUCCAGCCACCAGUGAUGGCAGGGUGAUAUUUUUCCUGCCGUGGGAGAAAAUGACCAUAGCGGGUACCACUGAUACACCAACAGAGAUCACACAUCACCCCUGUCCCACAGAGGAAGACAUCAACUUCAUAUUGACUGAAGUACGGAACUACCUUAGCUCUGAUGUAGAAGUUCGGAGGGGAGAUGUACUCGCAGCUUGGAGUGGUAUUCGUCCAUUGGUCACAAAUCCCAAUUCUGCAGACACGCAAUCAAUAUCUCGCAAUCACGUUGUUGAUGUUGCCGAGAGUGGUCUUGUCACAAUAGCAGGGGGAAAAUGGACAACGUACCGCUCCAUGGCAGAGGACACUUUGGAUGCUGCAAUUACAGCACAUAACCUGAAGGCUGGUCCAUGCAAGACAGUGGGACUUUUCCUUGAAGGCGGAAAGGACUGGGCCCCCACCCUUUACAUCCGUCUUGUCCAGGAUUAUGGCCUAGAGAGUGAGGUUGCCCAGCAUCUAGCUGCCACCUACGGUGAUAAGGCAUUUGAGGUGGCAAAAAUGGCUACAGUUACAGGGAAGAGGUGGCCGAUUGUCGGGAAGAGGCUGGUAUCUGAAUUUCCCUACAUCGAAGCUGAGGUGAAAUAUGCAUUAAAAGAGUAUGCCUGCACUACCAUCGAUGUCCUCUCUCGCCGUACCCGCUUGGCUUUUCUUAACGUCCAGGCUGCAGAAGAAGCUCUGCCACGUAUUGUGGACAUUAUGGGAAAAGAACUGAACUGGAAGGAACAAAGGAAAAAGGAAGAACUAGAAGCUGCAACGAAGUUUCUCUACUAUGAAAUGGGAUACAAAGCUCGAUCUGAACAACUCACGGAUCGAUCAGAAAUUAAUCUGUCUCCUUCAGAUGUGGACAGGUAUAAGAAACGAUUUCACAAGUUUGAUAAGGAUAAGAAAGGAUUUAUAACCAUUUUGGAUGUCCAGCGUGUGUUGGAGAACAUAAAUGUCCAGAUGGAUUCCAAUACCCUGCAUGAAAUCCUCAAUGAAGUUGAUUUGAAUAAGAAUGGACAAGUUGAGCUCAAUGAAUUCCUGCAGCUUAUGAGCGCAAUCCAGAAAGGAUUUGUAUCAAGCAGCCGUCUGGCCAUACUGAUGAAAAGCGCAGAGGAGAACUUGGAUCAAAGGGAGCCCAUACCAGUGGACCGCAGCGGUGGUGGCGUGUGA